AUGAGUAAUUAUAGUAAUGAUACCACAGAUGAAGGGGGCUACGGUGUAAACACACACGGCGACUCUUUCUCCAGAUCGAAUCAGGCAGGUUUUGAAGGCGUUGACGAUGGGAGUAUCAAGAACACCCCCACGCCUUCCACUCACUCCGAUUCAUCAUUUGGCGUUGCUGGAUUAGCGAAUGAUGGUAGUAACAACGAAACAACCCAAGUUGAAUCAUUCGCAGGGUCAAUCAAUCCACUUCAAACUGAGCCAGCCACUGAAUCCAAUUCAAACAAUGUUGGGGGUUGA